AUAGAUUUUUCUAGGUAUUUAAGAUCUAUCGACCCCACGAUACUUGAACAUCAUUCUCAUCAAUCCUCAUCUUCCUCCUAUCAUCAACAUCUGAUUCUAUCUUUACCAUUUCAAUUACUUCAACCAGACUUCAUUCAAUAUGCUUUUCUCACGAGAAUUUAUCACUCUUUUGGCAUUCGCCGCCGUUGGUGCAGUAGCUGCACCAGUAGCAGAGCCUCAACCAGAAGCUAAAGCUAAUGCUUCUCCAGCAGACUAUGGUGACUAUGGUGACUGUAAGAGUACCUUCCCACGGAAUGAGAGUAAGGUACUGACACACUUUCUAGAUGGUAACUAUGGAAACUAUGGCACAUAUGAGAAAUAUCCAGUUCCUUCCUCAUCCUCCAAGCCUACACCAGCCCCUACUGGAUAUGGUAGCUAUGCCAAUUGUAAGCAGAUAUAUCAACAGAUAUCCAGCUUUAAUAUGGCUAACACAUCUCACAGACGGUGCCUACAAGAACAAGAAAGUUAGAGAAGCCGCAGCAAAGCCUGUUCCAGCAGAGAAACGUGAUGAUUAUGGAAACUAUGGAGAUUGUAAGUUAACCAAAGUUCAUACAUUUCAUAGGAUUCAUAUUCAAAUCAUUCUUUUUGGUUUCUCGAAUUUAUGACCAUGAAAUGCUGACCUAAGCUUUAGAUGGUGACUACGGAAACUGUCCGUCUUCGUAUAUCAAAAGCUAUUUUGAUACAGUGCUAACAUUAUAAUGUUUCAGACGGUAACUACGUGAACUACCCAGGAGUUCCUUCAACCUCCUCAUCCGCUACACCAACACCAAAACCAACACCAAAACCAACACCAACCUCAUCAAGCUCCUCAUCUGUCAAGCCAACACCAACCUCAACAAGCUCCUCAUCCGUUAAAUCAACUCCAACCUCAUCUACUGCACCAACUCAAACCGGAUAUGGUUCAUACGCAAACUGUAAGUAAUACCCAUCGUACAAACUACAUUAACUAACGAUUUCCCUAGACGGAGCAUACAAGAACAAGAAAGCACGUGCUCCUGAAGCCGACCCAGCAGACUAUGGAAACUACGGCGAUUGUAAGUUACCUCUUCAUUUCUCGUUUCCUUAAGCCAGUCGCACUCUCAUAUGUUCUCAAUUGUCUCAAGGCUUCGCCCGAGCAAUGCUGACUUUGUAUUCUGUUGAUUCAGAUGGCAACUGUUCGUGACUCCCGCUAUAUCCUCAUCCUAUACCACCACAAACCAUCCCGUUAACCAAACCCAACCCACUUUACCAUAACUAACCAUUUCUCUUCUAUCAUAGACGGCAACUACGAGAACUACGCCCCAGUGCCUACUACCUCCACCACAUCCACCACCAUCAAGACCUCCACCACCAUCAAAACCUCCACCACAACAGCAACCCCCACCCCAACCGGCUACACAAACUACGGGUCUUACGAUCACUACAAGCGAGUCAAUGCCGAAGCUGAGAUUGUCGCUUAAACGCAUCAACGAUUUGACGAAUUUUAUUUUAUAAUUUUAUACGUGAGUUUUUUUCUCCCAUCACCCACACAAAAACUCAUACUAAUAUUGAUGAUGAAUAGACUCCUUUAUGACUGAAUGAUAUACGCCCCUUAAAUAAUGCUUAUUAUAAUGAUAUGAUAUGAUAUGAUACAUGGAACUGCUCUACAGCUUGGAUAUAGAAUGAAUGGGAGGAAAGAAGAAAGAAAGAGAGAAAGAUAGAAGGAUAGAUGAAUGAAAUGGAAGAUAUGGAUAGUUAUAGAUAGGUAUAGCUUGAGCUGAGCAAUUGAAUGAAGCCUUAUUCUUAUUCUUAUCC